GAGCAAGAGACGGAGCGGAGCGAUCGCAAGGGCCAGGCAGCGAGAGACAAAGAGAAGGGAGGACAUGAGCGAAGGGAGAGAAGAGGGGAUCAGCUGAGUUAAAUCACGCAAGAAAAGCUCUUCCUCCUCCCUAAGAAGGGUUCCCCCCUUUUGACAAGAAGACAAAGAAGCCAGUGGCCCCAUGGGGAAAAGGGGUGAGAAAGGAGGGGAGUCGGGGGAGCCGGAGGCGCAGAUCCGCUUGUACACCUGGGAGGAGAUCCAGAAGCACAACCUGAAGACGGACAAGUGGCUGGUGAUAGAGCGAAAGGUUUAUAAUGUCACCAAGUGGGCAAACAGACACCCGGGGGGUCAACGAGUGAUCAGCCACUGCGCCGGCGAAGAUGCCACGGAUGCAUUCCAGGCCUUCCAUAUCAAUCCCACCUUGGUGCAAAAGUUUCUCAAGCCAUUACUUAUUGGAGAGCUUGCUCCAGGGGAACCUAGCCAGGACCGAGAUAAAAAUUCCCAGCUGGUGGAGGAUUUCCGGACCCUGAGGAAGACAGCAGAGGACAUGAACUUGUUCAGAGCAAAUCCUUUGUUCUUCUCUCUUUACUUGGGCCAUAUCAUCGCAAUGGAAGUUUUGGCUUGGGUAAUGGUUUCAUACUUUGGUACUGGCUGGAUCGCAACUCUCAUCCUCGCCUGCAUCCUUACAACAUCCCAGGCCCAGGCAGGGUGGCUGCAACAUGAUUUUGGACACCUCUCUGUCUUUAAGAAGUCUUCCUGGAACCACAUCGUCCACAAGUUUGUCAUUGGACACCUGAAGGGUGCCUCUGCAAACUGGUGGAACCAUCGUCACUUCCAACACCAUGCCAAGCCCAACAUAUUCAAGAAGGACCCAGAUGUGAACAUGCUGCAUGUUUUUGUCCUCGGAGAUACACAGCCUGUUGAGUAUGGCAAGAAGAAGCUGAAGUACCUGCCUUACAACCACCAGCACGAGUACUUCUUCCUCAUCUUCCCGCCUCUGCUCAUCCCUGUGUAUUUCCAAAUCCAAAUCAUCUCGACCAUGAUCAGGCGCAGGUUCUGGGUGGACCUAGCCUGGGCCAUCAGCUACUACAUGCGCUACUUCAUCACAUACAUCCCAUUCUAUGGCGUUGUGGGAUCCCUGUCUCUCCUCACUUUUGUCAGGUUUCUGGAGAGUCACUGGUUUGUGUGGGUCACCCAGAUGAAUCACAUUCCAAUGGAAAUUGAUUGUGAGAAGCACAGAGACUGGCUUAGCUCUCAGGUGGCAGCCACUUGCAAUAUCGAGCAGUCCUUCUUCAACGACUGGUUCACCGGGCACCUGAAUUUUCAAAUCGAGCACCACCUGUUUCCAACAAUGCCACGGCACAAUUUCUGGAAGGUGAAACCUUUGGUGAAGUCAUUAUGUGCCAAGUAUGGAGUCCAAUAUGAAGAGAAGCCUCUUGGAAAAGCAUUCGUAGACAUCGUUGGGUCCCUAAAGAAAUCUGGAGAUCUGUGGCUGGAUGCUUACCUCCAUAAGUAAACAUGAAUCUUAAUGGGGCGUGAGUGACGGGGCGGGGGGGUGCGCGGGGGGAAUCACACGUGUGUCUUUUACUCUCAGAUUUCAGUCUGUACCUACGUGCGCGGUCGGAGGGGAGUUUUCUGUCUGGUGAACUGUUACUGGUACGGGCUCAGGCAACCUGUUUAAUCCAGACAGAUUUAAAAUGUGCUUCAGGGGGUGAAAAGCAAUGCCAGUAUUGCACAAAAUGGAAGGUUGGGA